UGGCUGGCGCAAAGCGCAGGCUUGUGGUGGGCUGUUUGUCUGCGUGAAGCUGGCAUGGCCUCCCAUUCCCCUGCAUCUGUUCCCCAUUAGCAGAGCCGAGAGUAUAAAGCAGGGAGCUGACAGGGGCUGGGAACAGUCUAGCUCUCGCCUGGAUCAUGGGGUUUACUAUCUGGCUGUGCGUGCUGUGCCUGCAGGCGAGCCUGCUGUCACACGCCCUCGACUGCUCGGGAGCGACUCAGGGAGAGCUGUGUGUCAGCGGACAGACCGCAGACGGACAGUAUGAUGAUCAGAAGCAGCAGAGGGCGCUACCCUUAACUGAAGGACUGGUUUUGCUCAGACGUAAGAGACAGUUUGAGCGGAGGGGUCCCACCCACCUGAGUCACUCCAGCCUGCCCGGGGCAGUCUCUGUCAAAGGCUUCCCUAACACUCUCAUCCAGGCUGAUAGGUCCAGGCGACACUUGGGUCAAGCUGCGAAUAAAAAAAAGAAGCGCAUAUCCCGCGUCGGCUCCUUCUCCCUCCUUAGCAACGACAAGAAAUCCAACCCCCUACAGGUGAUUAGAGCAAGGAGACAGGUGAAGCCCACACCACCUAAGAAGGGGAAAUCAGGGCGUUCUGGGGCCUUCUCUGUUCUGGGAGAUCCACAGAAUGAAGAGCAGAACAACAGAUCCCAAAGAAGCGUAUAGAAGACGAGUGCUACAAAAUAAAAUGUUCCUUCUAAUUUUUGCCACAGUAAAAAUGUGCCCACAUUUUACCAACAAUAUGCAAACUGGAGAGAAAAUCUGACACUUGGAAUAACAGCUUUGAUGUUUAUUUUGUUGUUUCCACCAUUACUGUUUCAGCUGUAAGCUAGCUUACAUUUAUCAGCCAGUCUGCACUUAAGGAUACUUUUAUAUACUUAUUUUAAGUUUCUAAUAUAUUCCUGCAUGUUAUCACAAAACAUAUUAAUAUUCUAGUCUGGCAUUUUGUUGUAACCUAUUUAAUCACAGAUUCCUUAUGAAGAUUGGGGGUAUAUUUUAUUAAAUAUUAAAUAUUUCUUGUGUUGUUGUAUCAGAUUUCCAAAAAAGUUUAGUAGAGACAUACGGUGUAAAAGUCUUUAAACAUUAUGCACUUUAUGCUUCACUGGAGCCCUCUCUAUAAAAUUGGAUAAUAGUUUUUACACUCUGAGCUCCAUUAAGAAAUUAAACUGUAUAACAGGU